AUGACUGGGUGCUUGGAGCUCAUCCAUUGCUGUGCAACUCCAUCUCAAGCUCUCCAAGCUCACUCCAGGAUCCAAUCCAUCACUAGCGGCGACAUCUUCCUUUGCAACAAGCUCAUCCAGAUGUACGGGAGGUGCUCUACUGUCUCUAAUGCCCGCCGCGUGUUUGACUCGCUCCCCAGAAAAGAUUCCUUCUCCUGGGAUCUCCUGCUCAAUGCCUACGUACUGAACGGGGUUUUGGCGGAAGCCCAGAGAAUCUUUGCCCCACAAGAGCGUCAUGCCUUGGAAUGUGCCCUUGGCGGGAUAUGCCCGGACUGGGCAUAUGCAAGAGUGCGUCAAGAUGUUCGAGUCUGCGGCAUGCUCCGAGAAUGGACGGCUGGAUCUCUCCCAGCAGCUGUUUGGCAGUAUUCCUUUGAUGUGGCGACGUGGAAUGGCAUGCUGGCAGCGUAUGCCCGUGCCGGUCGUGUAGAGGAAUCUACAAACUUCCUAGAAGAGAUGCCAGAAAGAAGCCUGGUUUCAUGCACAACAACCAUGUUUUUAGGGACAUUGUCUCCUGGAACUCAAUCAAGUGUGGCGUACGGAAUCGAGGAGAUACAGCACAACUUCAACCCCGUGCCAGAGCAAGGCCUCCUAUCCUUCAACACAAUGCUCUCGGCAUAUUCUCAGCAUGGGCAUCUGACCAAGGCCAUAAGAAUGUUUGUAAGUCUCCCCCAACACGAAUCUGCCACGUGGAAUACUGUGCUGACAGCAUAUGCCGGUAAUGGGCAUCUGGGCAGAGAUUUGAAGCUGCUGGCCCUGAUUCCCGUGCCUGACAUGGUUUCAUAUGCCGGGAUGCUGGUAGCCCUAGCUCAUUUGAGUGGUAGCAGACUAUGGAAUGGAGCCAAUCGAUGCUUUGUGGAUCUGUUGGGCCGGUCAGGGCAUCUCAAUGAGGCCAUUGCAAACCUGCCAUAUUUUCCAGAUGUUUUGGAGUGGACUAGCUUGCUUGGGCCAGCCGUAGAGUCUUACAGAACGGGGGCCGUGCUGCAAACAUGGUAUUCAGGAUGA